UAUUUCUUACUUUUCCUUUCCUAAGUAACUGUACAUAAUUUUACCAUUGCCUCCUCCUUUUCCUUUCCUAUUUUAUCAUCACUAUUUUUGUCUGCUAUUUUCCUUAUUAUUGCUGCCGUGCCGUCACUCUCCCCUAAAUACUCCCUUCUCCUCACUCCUUCACCAAUGCCCCUCUUUCCCCUCUCUAUGCUACAACUCCCUCUCCUUUGAAAACACUUAGCAAGGAAAAGCUCCUUUCUUUCUCUUCCUCUAUAGGGAGACACCCAUUUGAUAGGAAGAGGAAGAAGAGGCAAAACCAUCAAGAACAAUUUUCAUUUUCAUUUUCAUUUUUUGCUAAAAUCAUUAUUAAAUCUAAAGUUUAUAUUGUUCGAGAAAUGGGUCUGAGCUAUAACACCGCUUCCUCCAUUCUCCUCUGUGCUGAGGACAACAACAGCAUCCUCUGCUUUGAGGAUGAGAUUGAGGAGCAAGAGAAUGGCCGUGGCUGGGCUCCUCAGGAGCAAAGAAAUGAUUUUUAUGGAGAUUUCUUGAUGGGUUUUCCGUUGCAGUCUGAUGAGUGCCUGGAUUUGAUGGUGAAGAGAGAGGCUGAGCAUCUCCCAAGAGAGGAUUAUGGCAAGAGAUUAAUCACCGGAGCUUUGGAUAUCUCAAUCAGAAGAGACGCCGUUGACUGGAUUUGGAAGGUUCAUUCCUAUUACAGUUUUGGACCUCUGAGUGCCUACCUCUCUGUAAAUUACUUGGAUCGGUUCCUCUCGGCCUAUGAACUUCCACAAGGAAAGGCUUGGAUGACUCAGUUACUAUCUGUAGCUUGCUUGUCUUUAGCUGCCAAGAUGGAGGAAAGUGAAGUCCCCCUGUGCCUUGAUCUACAGGUUAGGGAAGCCAAGUACGUGUUUGAGCCAAGGACAAUCCAAAGGAUGGAGCUUCUGGUUCUGAGCACCCUCAAAUGGAGGAUGCAGGCAGUGACCCCUUUCUCUUUCAUAGACUACUUCCUUCACAAGCUCAAUGGUGGUGAUCCCCCAACCAAGCCUUUGCUCUCUACAGCAGCACAGCUCAUCUUGAGCACAGCCAGAGGGAUCGAAUUUCUAGCAUUCAAGCCUUCUGAGAUUGCUGCUGCUGUUGCGAUGUCAGCACUGGGAGAAGCCCAGGUGGUGGAGAUAGACAAAGCUGCCGCUUCUUGCAACUAUGUGGACAAGGAGAGGUUACUGAGAUGUUAUGAGGUGAUACAGGAGGUGGUACUGAUGAGGAGUGGGCCUUUGAGAAAUGACAGCACCGCAUCAAUUUCCUCUGUGAGCCCAAAUGGGGUUCUUGAUGCUGCCCGCUGCAUGAGCUUUAAGAGUGACGAUAUGACUGUGGGUUCACAUGCACAUUCUUAUCAUAGCUCUCCAGCUAAUAAGAGAAGAAAAUUAAGCAGGCCACCAGUUUCAUGAGUAGAUAAUGGUGGCUUUGUUUGUGUUGAUCACCUGUUUGAGAGGUUUUGGUACUUUCAUCCAAGCCAGUUUAGUUUUGUUAGUGGGAGUUUUUGGUGUGGUCAUCAAGGUGCCAAAGUGGAUGACUGAAACUAGAGAAGAAAAUAUAAAAAAAAAUAAAAAAUAAAAAUAAAAACAGGAAUAAAUAGAGGUGGAACCAGUUGCUCAUGGUUUUAAGAUGAAUGAAGCAGCCACCAGAUGAUGAAAAGAUGAGGGGGAGGGGUGUGUUCCUGUGCUAAGGUGAAGACAUAGGCUGCUACAGAUAAACUGGGAUAAAUAUUUGUUAUUUUCUUUUUUUAUUUUUUCCUGUGAAAAAAAAUCUGGAAAAUUACUCUUGGGAUCAAAAAGAGAAAAUGAGGAUGUGGGUUCCUUCAUUUAUGGAGGUAUUUAUAAUUGACAUUAUUAAUAACUCUU